AUGGUCCUUCGAGCAAACACUCCUAAAUUGCUAAUAAAGAGAAUCAUUAUGUCAUCGGCCUCAUUAUCCACCAGUGCAUUCGGUGCCAAUGUCGAAUGGCCUGCUUCACGUGUAAGACAAACAUUUUUAGACUAUUUCAUCAAGGACAGGAACCACACCUUUGUUCCAUCUUCAUCAGUUGUUCCACAUGGAGACCCAACUUUAUUAUUCGCCAAUGCUGGUAUGAACCAAUAUAAGCCAAUCUUCUUGGGUACGGUCGACCCAACUUCAGAAAUGGCAUCUUGGAAGAGAGCAACCAACUCACAGAAGUGUAUUCGUGCAGGUGGUAAGCACAACGAUUUGGAAGACGUUGGUAGAGACUCCUACCAUCAUACUUUUUUCGAAAUGUUGGGUAACUGGUCAUUUGGAGACUAUUUCAAAAAAGAAGCUAUUGAGUGGUCUUGGGAAUUACUUACUGAAAUCUAUGGUUUAGACAAGGAUAGAUUGUACGUGACUUAUUUCGAAGGUGAUGCUAAGCAAGGUUUGGAAGCAGACUUAGAAGCUAAGAACCUUUGGCUUGAAGUUGGUGUUGCUGAAGAUCACAUCUUACCAGGUAAUGCUAAGGACAACUUCUGGGAAAUGGGUGAACAGGGUCCAUGUGGACCUUGUUCAGAAAUUCAUUACGACAGAAUUGGUGGUAGAAAUGCUGCUCAUCUUGUUAAUAUGGAUGACCCUAACGUGUUGGAAGUAUGGAACGUUGUUUUCAUUCAAUAUAAUAGAGAAGCAGACUCAUCAUUGAGAUCAUUACCAAACAAGCAUGUUGAUACUGGUAUGGGUUUUGAAAGAUUGGUUUCUGUCUUGCAAAAUAGAUCCUCUAACUACGACACAGAUGUGUUCCAACCUAUUUUCCAACAAAUUAGAGAAAUCACUGGCGUACGCCCUUACACUGGAAAAUUUGGAAGUGAAGAUAAGGACGGUAUUGACACUGCAUACAGAGUUAUCGCUGAUCAUGUUAGAACUUUAACCUUUUCUAUUUGUGAUGGUGGUGUUCCAAACAAUGAAGGUAGAGGUUACGUCUUGAGAAGAAUCUUAAGAAGAGGAUCCAGAUAUGUUAGAAAGUACAUGAACUAUCCAAUUGGUUCAUUUUUCCAACAGUUAGUACCAGUUGUUAUUGAGCAAAACAAAGAGAUUUUUCCUGAAUUAUCUAAGAAGGUUGAUGACUUAAAAGAAAUCCUUAACGAAGAAGAACUUUCAUUUGCCAAGACUUUAGAUAGAGGUGAAAAAUUAUUUGAACAAUAUUCUAUUGUUGCUUCUAAAACUCCAGAACAGACUUUAAGUGGUAAGGAUGUAUGGAGAUUAUAUGAUACCUAUGGAUUCCCUGUUGAUUUAACUAGAUUAAUGGCAGAAGAAGCCGGUCUUAAGAUUGACGAAGAAGGUUUUGAGAAGGCUAAGGAAGAAAGUAGAGAAGCAUCAAAGGCAAAGAAGACUAUCGGUGGGGAAGUAUUAAUAAAAUUGGAUGUCCAUUCAUUAUCGGAAUUGGAUAAAAACGAGAAAAUUACCAAGACUGACGAUUCAUUCAAGUAUGGCUUAGAAAAUGUCAAGUCCAAGAUAUUGGCCAUAUAUAAUGGUAAAGAAUUUGUUAACGAAGCCAGCUCAGAAGGACAACAAUUUGGUAUUAUCUUAGACAAAACUCCAUUCUAUGCUGAACAGGGUGGUCAAGAAUAUGAUACUGGUAAGUUAGUUGUUGAUGGUUCUUUUGAAUUCAACGUUACCAACGUUCAAGUGUAUGGUGGUUAUGUAUUACACACAGGUUCACUUGUGGAAGGUAGUAUUGCAGUUGAAGAUGAAGUAAUUUCCACAUAUGAUGAAUUAAGAAGAUGGCCAAUCAGAAACAACCAUACUGGUACCCAUGUUCUUAACUAUGCUUUAAGAGAAGUCCUUGGUGAUGGAAUUGAUCAAAAGGGUUCUCUUGUUAGCUCAGAAAAGUUGAGAUUUGAUUUUUCACACAAGCAAGCUUUAACUCCUAAGGAAUUAGAAUCUGUAGAAGACAUUUCUAAUGAAUACAUUAAGGCCAAUAAGCAAGUCUAUGCUAAAGAAGUUGGUUUAGCUACUGCCAAGGAAAUCACGGGAUUAAGAGCUGUUUUCGGAGAAACUUAUCCAGAUCCAGUCAGAGUUGUUUCAGUUGGUGUCCCAGUUGAAGACUUAUUAGCAAACCCUACCAGUCCAAGUUGGGAAAAGGUGUCUAUUGAAUUCUGCGGUGGUACUCAUGUUGCUAAGACUGGAGAAAUCAAAGAUUUAAUUGUUAUUGAAGAAUCAGGUAUUGCCAAGGGUAUCAGAAGAAUUGUUGCGGUUACUGGUCAAGAAGCAUUGAAGGUGCAAGAAAUUGCUAAUGAAUUCAAUGACGAACUCGAAAGUGCACUUAAAUUACCAUUUGGUACUAAAAAAGAAUCUGUUUCUAAGGAGUUAGGUGUCAGAUUAAAGAAAUUGACUAUUUCUACUUUAACUAAGCAAAAACUUAAUGAUAAAUUCAACAAAUUGGAUAAAUCCAUUAAGGACGAGCAAAAGUUGAAGCAAAAGGAAGAGAGUAAGAAGAGUACUGAACUCGUUUCUAAGUGGUUAGAAUCUGAUGAAGGAAAGUCCGGUGCUUACUUUGUAGGACACGUUCCAAUUGGUGCUAACGCAAAGGCUAUUACUGAGGCUAUCAACUUGUUAAAAAAGCAAAAUAAGGACAAGUCUCUCUAUUUAAUUACAGGUGGAAUAGAAGGAGGUGAUAAUAAAAUUGCCCAUGGUUGUUAUGUUUCAGAUGAAGCUAUUGCAAAGGGUGUCAACUCUAAUGAAUUAGCCAAGGCUGUUAGUGAUAAGAUUGGUGGUAAGGCUGGUGGUAAGGGUAACAUCGUACAAGGUAUGGGUGAUAAGCCAGAAGGAAUCAAGCUAGCCAUUGAAGAGGUGACCAAGUUGUUUUCCGAAAAGUUGUAA